GAUUAAUAUAUAGCCCAACACAACCACUUGCGCUCCAUUCUCUCGUCCUCUCUCUGCCCCCCCUCUCUCGCUCGCUCGCUCGCUCCCUUGAAUUGUCGGUGAAGAAAUCAAAUUGGGAAUUGAAUCUAAAGGUUAGAUAGUAAUAAUGACAACUGCAGCUAGACCUACAUGGGCUCCUGCAAAAGGUGGUAAUGAACAAGGUGGGACUCGUAUUUUCGGCCCAUCUCAGAAGUAUUCGUCAAGGGAUCUUGCUGCUCAUACCACUCUAAAACCAAGAAAGGAAGGGCAAGACACCAAGGAGGAAUUGCUGAAGAGGAAUCUCCGUGAGGAGUUGGAAGAGCGUGAGCGGAGGCAUUUCUCAUCAAAGGAUAAGUCUUACAAUGAUGACAGAGAUCGUAGAAAGGGUAAUCAUCUUCUCUUGGAAGGGACAAAGAGGGACACUGAAGAUCGUAUCAUCCCACGAAGUGUGGAUGCUGAUGAUUCUGAUGUGGAAGUUAACAAUGAUGAUGAUAGUGAUGACGACGACGACGACGACGAGGAUGACACAGAAGCUCUCAUGGCUGAGCUUGAACGAAUAAAGAAGGAAAGAGCAGAGGAGAAGCUCCGGCAGGAUCAACUACAAGUAGCUGAAGAGCUUAAAGCCAAGGAAGAGCAGCUUCUUAGAGGAAAUCCACUGUUGAAUAAUACAACCACCACCUUUAACGUGAAAAGAAGGUGGGAUGAUGAUGUGGUCUUCAAGAACCAGGCUCGAGGUGAAACAAAGACUCCUAAGCGCUUCAUCAAUGACACCAUUAGGAAUGACUUCCACCGAAAAUUCCUGCAGAAAUACAUGAAAUAAUUGUCAAUCUCGUUAAAUCUGAAACCCAUUAUGGACCAAGGUUCUGGUUUUGAAUGAUUGUAUCUAUUUGAAGUAUUUUAACCUUUUGUGCUGAUUUCUAUGUUGGGUUCUGUCAGAUAUCAACAUGAAAAGAAAUAUUGCUCAAUAUGAAUCUUGAGCCGGAUAUUCGUCGUA